GUAUAUUAUUACGUCUGGAAAAGUCUUAAACUCAAGCACGCAAAACUCACAUAUUUCCAGACUUAGUGCACCUUCUGGAAGCUCCAAUCGCACCUGUUUCAGACUAGAAACCGAUAAGUGCAUCAACACGCGCAGUGUGAAUUUAAAAUCAUUGCUAAUUCGUUUCUUAAAUCAAAAUGACCCAGUUAUUAAGCGAAUAAGGUCGAAUUCAUCACCCGGGUUCCUGUAGUUUUUGUUGCGUGAGGUUGAACUUUCUGUCAGUGUCAAUGGAGAAGAAAAAGAAUUUUUGCUCGUGUCGACUUGCGGCCCAUCAGGAAUCGGGAAGAGUGAGAUGGUGUGUGGGACAUGAGAAAGACUGGCAAAUUAAACUCAAACGACUCGUUUUUGUACCAAUUAUUCUGCUCCCCAUUGUCAUUUUCAUCGUUUUCCUUACACGAUACUCCAGUCUUGCCAGUGGCAACGACAAUAAUCUUAUCUCAAUGAAAAAAUUCGACGAAACCGAAAUUCUGGAAGAUGAGGACCGGAGAGACCUCCUUAAAGACGUGAAAACCUCAUACGUGCCUGAACUUUUAAAUAACAACACUUUCACUAAAAUAAGGCAAAAAAGAGAAGUUACUUUAAGCCAAGAAAAUUUUACUGAUUACGAAGAGUUGCGUAAUGACACAGAAUUAGAAUUUUACAAAAAUUUUGAAAGCAAAUCGCUGGAGUGGACAUUAUCUCUCCCACUUGAUCAGGAAGGUAACGAUUUAUUUGAGCUCGAUCAGAGCCAACUUGCCCCACCCUCCCCUAACAAAUCGCACGCACUCUUUUGGAACAGUCGACUGAAUUAUGACGAAAUCAGAGAAUUGCAAGCUUCGACCAUGAGAAAAUAUAUGAAUGAAUCGGCCGAUCCCUGUGAGGAUUUUUAUGAGUAUGCUUGUGGUAACUGGAAUAAAUAUCACACAAUUCCCGCCGAUAGAACCUCAUAUGAUACGUUCGAGAUGUUGCGCGAGAACUUGGACACCGUUUUGCGAAAUCUUUUGUCCGAAGCGAUGGAUAAGGAAUAUUAUUUUACAAACGGCACGAUGAAGGCGGCCGACAAGGCGCGAUUUUUUUACAGAUCAUGCAUGAACGAAGAAAGGCUGGAGUCGAGGGGUGAAAAGCCGCUGAUAAAAUUACUCGAUGAAUUAGGAGGGUGGCCGAUUAUUCAACCAGAUUGGGACGAUACAAAUUUUAAACUCGAGGAAUUAAUGGCGAAUUUGAAAUUAUACAAUAAUGAUAUUUUGAUAACUGAAUGGAUUGGGCCGGAUAUAAUUAAUUCGAAAAAUUACAUUAUCCAGAUCGAUCAGACGACGUUAGGUCUACCUGGAAGGAGCUAUUUUCUCGAUCCUUCCUAUUCAAAAUAUCUUCGUGCAUAUAAGGUUUUUAUUCUUGCUGUGGCCUCUAUUUUGGGGGCGCCACUAAAUGAGGCGAUCCAGGACGUCAACGAUGUGAUCACUUUUGAGACGAAAUUAGCAAACAUAAUGGUUCCUAGCGAAAACAGACGAAACGUCACCGAUUUAUACCUCAAAACUAGCAUCGGUGCCUUGCAAAAAAUUUUCCCGCAGUUUGAUUGGGUACAUUAUUUUAGCAUCGUCUUAGGCAAAGAAGCCGAGUUGGAAGAAUCAGUGGCGUGCUACUGCAUGGACUACUUACACAAAUUAUUUGAUAUUUUAGCGCACACUACGCCACGAACCGUUUCGAAUUAUCUAAUUUGGAGGUUCGUGCGGCACCGAACCAACAAUCUCGAUAACAGGUUUUUAAUGGCAAAACAGAGGUUCUACCACGUUUUGUUUGGGCGCGAAAAAUCGCCCCCUCGGUGGCAGUUCUGCGUGUCCCAAGUCAACUCUAAUAUGGGAAUGGCGCUUGGUAGUUUAUUCGUCAAAAAAUACUUCGACGAAAAUAGCAAAAACGAUACUUUGGAGAUGACAAAACAACUGCAAGAAGCCUUCCGCUUAAUCCUCAAGGAAAACAAAUGGUUGGGUGACGACACCAAAGACUACGCUCGCAUGAAAAUCGAUAAAAUGAACCUCAAGAUCGGUUAUCCCGACUUCCUUUUAGAUCAGGACGAGUUAAGCGAAAAAUACUACGAUGUUGACGCACACCCCGACUAUUUUUUCGAAAACACGUUGAGUAUUUUGCGACAUUUGACCCGAAUUGAGCAAAGGAAGAUCGGGACUGAGGUCAAUAAGACGACGUGGGGCACAGCCCCGGCGGUUGUUAACGCGUAUUACAGCAGAAACAAAAACCAAAUCAUUUUUCCGGCUGGGAUUUUGCAACCACCCUUCUACCACAAACACUUCCCGAAAUCGCUCAAUUUUGGUGGAAUUGGAGUCGUAAUAGGGCACGAAAUAACGCACGGAUUUGACGACAAGGGGCGCCUGUUCGACCACUAUGGAAACCUCCAACAGUGGUGGAAGGAGGACUCCAUUUACAACUUCCACCAACGCGCGAAAUGCAUGAUUGAUCAGUACAACUCGUACAUUAUUCCCGAUGUGGAUACUUAUAUGGACGGGUUUAUCACUCAGGGGGAAAAUAUCGCCGAUAAUGGGGGAUUAAAACAGGCGUUCAGGGCUUAUGAAACGUGGCUAAAACACAACCCCGACGCCGAUGAAACCCUCCCAGGAAUUAAUUUAACCGGGCGGCAACUGUUUUUCCUGAAUUUUGCCCAAGUGUGGUGCGGUAAGCAAAGGAUUGAUACGGUGAAAAGUCGAUUAAAAGUUGCCGUCCAUGCUCCUGGCAUAUUCAGAGUUAUUGGCUCUCUCAGUAAUUCCGAAGAUUUUGCAAAGAUUUACAACUGUCCUAUCAACAGUGGGAUGAAUCCAUCCGAGAAAUGUAGUUUAUGGUGAAUCACAAAUUCAUAAUAUACAAUAUUUUAAUCAGGAAGUGAAGUAACUAGUCAAUGUUUUGUUAUACAUUUAAUAUUUUUUUGUAUAAAAGAAACAAUAUACUUAUGUCAUUUGA